AUGUGGUUGGAAAUUGUUGCACUGCUUGUAACGGCUUUGUUCCUGUGGGAUCACCUUAAGAUGAGGAGGCAAAACAAGAUGCUUGCUGCAGCUGGCGUACGUGGACCCCUUCAACUACCCCUGCUUGGCAAUGCACCCCUGUUCAUGCUCGGAGAAAACGCUGAAACAAUGCUGGAUUUGGAAAAACGUUUGAUUGAUAAGCAUGGCAAAAUCGUUCACGUAACAAUGUUUCAAGAGUUUGGAGUUUUUACUUCCGAUACGAGAUUGAUUGAGGCUAUUUUAAGUAGUCAACAGACAAUUACGAAAAAUCGUCUCUAUGGUCUGCUGCAUUGUUGGCUGGGCACGGGCCUGUUGCUGAGUACCGGAAACAAAUGGUUCAGACGCCGUAAGAUCAUCACACCGACCUUCCACUUCAAGAUACUCGAACAGUUUGUGGAGGUCUUCGAUCAGCAGAGCGCCAUUAUGGCCGAACAGCUAUAUGAUCGUGCCGAUGGCAAGACUGUUAUCAAUAUGUUCCCAGUCGCCUGUCUGGCUGCCCUCGACAUUAUCGCCGAGACGUCGAUGGGCGUAAAAAUCAAUGCUCAGCGUUCUCCCAACUUUCCAUAUGUGCAGUCCGUGAAGGUUGUGUCCAACAUGAUGGCUGAGCGAUUCAUGAAUCCUCUGCAGCGCUUCGAUGGCUCCAUGCGCAUCUUCUAUCCAUUGCUCUACCGGAAACUGAUGAAGAACAUCAAGUUAAUGCACGACUUUACGGACAAGGUUAUCUCGGAGCGUCGCGAUGCCUUGCAGAAGUCCCUUAAUGAGUCCAGUAACAACGCCCCAAAUGCUGAGGAGGAUGACGUUGGCAGCAAGCGUCGCAUGGCACUGUUAGAUGUCCUGCUGCAGUCCUCUGUGGAUGGGCAGCCCCUGAGCAAUGAGGACAUCAGGGAGGAGGUGGAUACAUUUAUGUUUGAGGGUCACGACACCACCACCAGUGCCAUUUCCUAUACCCUAUAUCUACUGGCACGGCAUCCCGAGGUCCAAGCACGUGCCUUCCAGGAAGUACGAGAAGUAAUUGGCGAUGACAAGUCCAAGCCGGUAACAAUGCGAGAUCUGGGUGAAUUGAAAUAUCUGGAGUGCGUGAUUAAGGAAUCACUGCGUUUAUAUCCACCAGUUCCUAUGAUUGGCCGUCAACUAACUGAAGAUGUUGUACUGGAUGGCAAACUAUUUCCUGCCAGGACUAACAUCAUUAUGGUCACCUAUCUUGCCCAACGUGAUCCAGACUUUUUCCCAGAGCCGGAUAGAUUCAAUCCAGAUCGUUUCAGUCCAGCAAACGUCAGCAAUAUCGAUGUAUUUGCCUAUACGCCAUUUUCAGCGGGUCCCCGAAACUGCAUUGGUCAGAAGUUCGCAAUGUUGGAGAUGAAGAGCACCAUCAGUAAAAUGCUAAGGCAUUUCGAGUUACUGCCUUUAGGUGAACCCGUGAAACCAGUCAUGAAUUUGAUCUUACGUUCAACAACGGGCAUUAAUCUGGGCCUCAAACCACGAGUCUAUUAAGUAAGUUAAGGAUUUUGCACUUCAGUUCGAGAAAGGCUGAAAUUAUUUAAUUGUAUGUAAAUAAUUCCUCAGAGAAAGUCAACUGAAUGUAUAAUAAUAAAAUUCAUAUAUUUAUAGUGCAU